AUGGGGCACCACAGAACAGAUCAGGAGGCUGCGGCAUCCCGCCGCACAACUUGGGGGGCCCCCAGCCUCCUUGGUCAGGCGCUAGCUGCUGCCAGGGGAGACGGCCCAUCCGGCUCUGACGCAGGGGGGGGCCCCUCCCGGCGGGUUAUUUCACACAGGAGGCGCUCGCGUUCGCGUUCUCGGUCAAGAGAGUACCACUCAUCCAGGAUUUCCAGGAGGGUGCAAAGAGAAGGAGCGGGGGCUUGGGGGGCCCGUGGGGGCCCCGCGGCGGGGCUGCCCAAUGCGGCAGCUCGUCGUCACGUGCGAACCUGGUUGGCUGAGCCUCGGACUGCUUCUGCACUGAGAGGCCCUCGUGACUACAUUGAAGGCUCGUUGAGGGCCCCCCUGUCCAGGAGGAAUGGGGAAGGGAAGGAGGAAUUGUGGAGUCACGACAUGUUUGAAGGGGGGGAGCAGGAGGCGGCCUCUUCUGUCUUUGUCAGGGGCCUCCCAACUGACAUUACGCGUCAAGAGCUAACGGCUAAUUUCUCAAAGUGUGGAAAGGUCGUCUCAGUCAGAGUGGAUGCGCGGGGCCGCACGGGCACGGCAGAAGUGUCGUUCGCUCAAAAAGGCGCAGCCGAAAUUGCGGCCAAAACCUUCCACGGGGUGUAUGUACACUUGAAAAGAGGAAGGGAAAAAUUCUGCCUGAAAGUGGCGGUAGUGGACAAAGCGCAACAACCUGAAGCCGUUGAAGAGAUAGAAGAAGAUGAAAUACCCCGUAAGUAG